AUGCCUUGAUUCUGGCUGCGAGGAACGGGAAUCUGGGUCGGGUCAGGGAACUCAUCGCCAACGGAGCGGACAUCUUCCAGCGCGAUAUCCGAAACCGCACGAGCCUUCACACUGCGGUCGGGAAGAACCACCUGCAGAUCGCCAAAGAACUCAUAGAAGCCGGCAUCCCAGUAGACGUCGCCGGCAACCAUGACACCACCCCUUUGUUCCUGGCAGCCAAUGGAGGGAAUGUGGAGAUCGUGGACUUCCUCCUGGACCUCGGGGCGAAUGUCCAGCAUAUCAAUGGCUAUGGAGCGACGCCUCUGCACUGGGCCGCCGACACCGUGGAGGGCGCCAUGACGAUCGAGCAGCUCCUGAUACACGGCGCGCCCUUGAACCAUCCCGACAACAGCGGCAACACGCCCCUGCACCGAGCUGCUGCGGGCGGUAAUCUGGGCGGUGUCGUCAUCCUGCUGGCAUGGUGCGCCGACGCCUCGCUCGUCAACGCCGAGGGCCUCACGCCGCUCGACACGGCCGUCGCGAAGAACCAGCCCCAGAUCGCCGAGGAAAUUCGGGGCGCGGAGCCAUGCGAAUAUGACCCUUGCGACAAAAUUCUUGCAGAUGGCUCUCUCCCUGAUGAUUCCCCACAGCUCCUUGCCUGCCAGAAUGUCACCUGGACGCCUCCUGUCUCUCCAGAUAAUGCCUGCGAAAUCAAAGGGCGGCGGUAUAGCGACGGCGCCGAGUGGUUUGACGGCUGCCGAGAACACCGCUGUCAAGAGGGGCGUGUCUGGUCCAACGCCACCGUCAGCGCCUCGUGUUGUGAAGACGGCGGCCAAGUUUAUCCCGCGGGACACAUCUGGGAACGGGGAUGCUACCUCCUCAUCUGCUCCGAGGGCCGGCCGGAGGCGCUGGCCCUUCUCAACACGUGCUGCGAGGUGGACGGAGAGGCUCGCGUCCACGGUCACACUUGGACGUCCCCCUCUGGCUGCUUCACCUUCACGUGCAACUCGGGAGUGGUGGAGGAGGACGUGGUUCCUGACAACUGUUGUAUGGAAGGGAACGAGCGAUAUAUACAAGGCCACACCUGGACGGAAGGUUGCAAGGAACACAUCUGUCGCGCAGGUGUAGUUAAUGACCUGGCAGUCGCUGCAACAUGUUGUCAAGUAGGAGAAGACGUGUACCCAAACGGCACACGGAGGGACGACUGUGUUCUCUAUUUGUGCAACUCUGGCACGCCGCAGAACAUAGCGGUGCUCAGCUCAUGUUGUGAGAGUGAAGGGGAAAUGUACUACGACAGGCAGGUUUGGCCAGUGGGAUGCGCGAGGUACACCUGCAAUUACGGAGUGGUUGAGGAACUCCCGAUGCUGGAGACAUGUUGCCAAGUGGCCGAGAAAGCCUACAAGGACGGCGAGACGUGGCAGGCGUCUUGCUACGAGUUCGGCUGCAAGAACGGGACCGUAGAGCUGCUGCAAGUGCUGAACAUGACGCACUGUUAGGGACGACACGUGGCAGACCCCCACUCACUCCAGAAUACAUGCGUCGAUCUUAUGAUCUUUACAAGUUUUUUUUUCUAAUAAGCACAUCACACGCAUAUAAAAACACGCACACACACACACACACACACACACACACACACACACACACACACACAACACACACACACACA